CUAAAGAGAAGUUGUAGAUUUCCUAAUACUUCUCCAAAUUUGGCAAAGCUACCCCCGCCACAUUAAAUAAGAAAGCUGACAAUACAAAUUAGAAAGUCUUGUAAAAACUGCUCAUAUACCUCAUAACCUAACCUUACCAAUCAAUAAUUCAAUCCUGACAUUCAAUUUUACAGGUAAUCAAAUUCAUCAUUCAUAGAUUAUCACGAACAACACACGUAGAAUCGCUUUCAUUUCAUUUCACAUACUUCUCCAUAAUUCAUUUGACGAGUGGUUGGUCACAAAUUCUCUCUUUAAUUCUUUCUUUAUUUUGGGUCCUUCGCAUUAAUUACAUAAUUGGAAAAAUAAAAAAUAUGUGGGUGAGAAAUCAUGAUGACUUGUAAGGAAAAUAGUUCGGAGAAUGGUGGAAGAAGUGCCUGGAUCAUUGGGCACUAGUGCGAGCUUGGCUCUUAGAUUGGGUCAGACUGUUUUUGCUACUGCUUCUCUGUUCUUUAUGUGUCUUGAUGUUAAUUUCUAUGGAUUUACUGCUUUCUGCUUCUUAGUUACUGUCAUGGGUUUAGUGAUUCCGUGGAGUAUGACACUUGGGUUAGUUGAUGCAUACUCUGUCUUUGUUAAAUGCCCUCCACGACAAUCCGGAGUAAUGACCGUAAUUGUUGCAGGCGAUUGGGUUUUAUCAUUUCUUUCGUUAGGAGCAGCAAGUUCGACAGCAAGCGUAGUUCAAAUAAUGAUAGCUGCUAAUAGUCCAUUGUGUACUGGAAAGAUCUGCAGUAGAUAUUCUCUUUCUGCUGUUAUGGCUUUCUUGUCUUGGUUUAUGUCUUUUACUUCUUCUCUCUUUAAUUUAUGGGUCCUUCCUAAAUUGUAGAGAAGUGUGUGUGUAUAUAUCUCAUUUCUCAUGUGAUAGUUUUGGUUAUUCAUAGUAACAUUGGAAAUUGUAAAGGAAUGGCUGCCUAAAAUAUGGGGGUGUUGGCUUCUAAAUUUGAUAUUUUCUGUAUUACAUUUUACCUCCGUUCUGAAAUACUUACAAAGUGAUUGUGAUAUAUUGUGUUGGAAAAUAUCACUAUCAGUUACAAGUAUAAUGAAACAGAGGAAAUAUAAUGUUAUAUACUCUCUCGGGUGCUUAGGGUUUGCCUUGUAUAAAAUGGUCAAAAGGGGCAACUCAAAGGAAUGAAGUGAUACACUUUUACACUGUAUAGACUAUAGACUAUAGACUAUAGACUAUAGAUAUGUAGAUUUCUGUAACAAUUAUCCUUUUAAUUUAAAUUUUCAAUGUUAAUUGUGGAUUUGUGGUUCUUUU